AUGGCUCUCAAGAUCGAGAUUCAAGGCGAAGGUGCCGCGAGUCGUAUGGCUGACAAGGUCGAAAUCCAUAUCGGUUUCAAGUCUAAGAGCUUUUACCGUCACGAAGCCAGCAUUACCCUCUUCAAAGCCGUCGAACAACUCGCCGAAAUCCUCAAACAACUCUCCCCAAAGCUCGAGAACUGCACUUCAAUGUUUCAAGCUACGGCCAACGGUCCUAUCACCUCUUGGAGCAUCGGAACUCAGCACUCCCAGUCUCAGACUACGCCAAUUGCGAACACCAAAGCUCAUCAAACCACACACAUUAUCACAACUUCUCUAGACAUUGCCAUUCACGACCUGAAAAUUCUUGAUCAAGUCUCAAGAGCCAUCACCAAAACCCCUUGCGUUGCUCGUUUGGCUGCCAAAGAUGCGCUGAACAAAGCUAUCGCCAUCGCUUCCAGUAUCGGCUUUGACGGGGUCACCGCAGAGGAAGUAGUCUUGCAAGCCUCACAGCAGACUCUGCUUAACGCAAGCAGCCACUUCGUUGAAGAGGAUCUUAUGCGUCAGCUGCCGUACCAAGUCCGUCCUUCCGGCUGUUUUGGUCAGGACUUCGACUCUGGUCACGGGUACAACUACGACCACAGCGAUAGCAAGUGGGCAAGCCACGAUGAGGCCGGAGACUUGGACGUUUGGACUCUCAUACUCGCACCCGAAGAAAUUGUUCUCGCCGCUAGAAUCGUUGCUAAGUUCUCCGCCACCAGCUCAACCGGAUGGGUCUAUGAAGAGCUCGACCAACAUCGCUUCCUUACCAGAUAA